GAGGAGACCAAAGUGAAGCGGAUACAAAUCGUGUGGUUGGAACAUAUGGUUAUAUGUCACCAGAGUACGCAAUGAAAGGACAUUUUUCAGUGAAAUCUGAUGUAUAUAGUUUCGGAAUUAUACUCCUAGAGAUCGUUACUGGCAGAAAAAAUUCUGGUUAUUGCCACGACAAGUAUCCCGACGCAAUUAAUUUUGCUGGACAUGUUUGGAACUUGUGGAGAGAAGGUAAAGUCUUGGAUAUCGUCGAUCCAUCCCUGGGUGAAUUGUACCCUGUCAAUGAAGUUGUGAGAUGCAUCCAAAUUGCACUCUCAUGUGUGCAAGACUACGCCACUGACCGGCCAACCAUGUCAGCAGUUGUUUUCAUGUUAGGGAAUUAUGAUGCAGCAGUUACUUCACCAAGACAGCCUGCAUUUUUGUUACAGAGAACUUAUGAUGCUGGAAACCCAUCAACCAGUACAGAAGGAGUUAAGUCUAUGAAUGAUGUUACAUGUACUAGCGUAGAAGCUCGCUAAAAGGCAACUAUAGCAGCCUGCGUCAAAAUUAUUCACUUGAGGCUUUUUGGUUGCUGCACUCACGCACAAGAGAAUAUGUUUGCUUGGCGAACAAAAGCUUGCACUUUUUCAUAUUUGACAUACCUUUCAAUUCACUAGUAGCCAUUACUGUAAUUUGAUAAACAAUGCUUCAUUUCCCAACACUGCAUAAUUUCCCUCUCCAAGAAAAUUCUCUCUUGGUCCUAAUCCAUAAUAUCAGAGCCCAUCAAGCUUGGGUCGCAGACUCGCAGCCCAAUUUCAUCUUGUAAGAAAAUUCUACGUGAUGACCUGUCUUAGCCGUAAGGAUCAGGAUAACACGUGUCCAAGUUUGUACUA